UCUAUCACAACUUUGGCGAGUGUGUGCUUUAUUCAGAACCAUGUCAAAGAAAACAGUCCUGUCAGUGGAGCUCUUUUGUCCAAAGUGCAGGCAGAAUGUAAUGAAGGUCAUUUCAGACAUUGUAGGGAUAACUUCUAUCGUCCUCGAUGCAUCAAAAAAUACCGUGACGGUGACAGGUGAAGCCGAUCCGUUUAAGAUCAUUAAGAAAGUAAGGAAAUUCAGAAAACAUGCAUCGAUUGUAAGUAUAGGGGCUGCGAAAGAGGAGAAGAAGGAGGAGAAGAAGGAUAUUGUGAUAUACAGUCCAAACACAUGCCUGAGAUGUGAGGUUUGGUAUGUUGUGCGUGAUGAUUUUUACCAUCAUUGCUCCAUUCUGUAAAACAAAGAUCCCCAUAUUCCGAACGUAAUCGCUUGUUGCCAAUUUAAGUUUCUAGUUUUCACAGAUUCCCAAUGAUAAGAGGUAGAGCAAUUCAUUUCUUUCCUGUAGUUAUGGAUUAAGAAUGAGUAGCUUUUUCCCUACUGCAUCAUAAAACUGUCGAUGCUCCAACUUCAUCGGCAG